UUCUUCUUGCGCCUAGCCCUUGCCACACUGCUCUGCUCUCUAACAUAUAUAGAUUUUCAUUUUUGUUUUUUGUUUUUUAUUUUCUGUAAUUUUGCUAUAGCUUCGAUUCACUCAGAGCCAUUGUAGAGGGUUAGGAGGUGCGGAUUCACGCAUAGCUCGCCAUUUUCAUUUCCGAGGAUUCCAAGAACCAGCGUUUCCCACCUGUGUCAAAUACCGCCAUUUCUCCCAUUAAUCCCGCAAAAUUUUACUUCUUAAGCUCUUGAUCUUCAUUUCGCAGACCUUGCUUCAGUAAUCACUAAUCAAUUUCCGGUUUCGAUUUCGUGUAAAUUUGUUAGGGUUAGGGUUUUUUUUAUUUGGGUUCAAUUCCUUAAUUACAGAUCACAUCAGAAAAGAAAAGAAAAGAAAAGAAAAUAAUUUGUUAAUUAGGUUAUUGGAUUUUGUUGGUGUUUGUAAGUGAUGGAUAAGAAAAGGGUAGCUGUCCCGCUGGUGUGCCACGGCCAUUCCCGGCCAGUAGUGGAUCUGUUUUACAGCCCGGUUACUCCCGAUGGGUUCUUCCUCAUCAGCGCGAGCAAAGAUUCUAAUCCAAUGCUCAGAAAUGGAGAGACUGGGGAUUGGAUUGGGACAUUUGAGGGACAUAAGGGUGCGGUGUGGAGUUGCUGCUUGGAUACUAAUGCUUUACGCGCUGCUACUGGUUCUGCGGACUUCACUGCGAAAAUUUGGGAUGCAUUAACAGGUGAUGAGUUGCACUCAUUUGAACACAAGCACAUUGUUCGAGCCUCUGCUUUUUCAGAGGACACACACCUUUUACUUACUGGGGGAAUAGAAAAAAUUCUUCGUAUGUAUGAUUUAAAUCGCCCAGAUGCACCUCCAACGGAAGUGGAUAAGUCUCCUGGGUCAGUCAGAACUGUUGCAUGGCUCCAUAGUGAUCAGACAAUAUUAAGUUCUUGUACUGAUAUGGGGGGUGUAAGAUUAUGGGACAUAAGAAGUGGUAAAAUUGUCCAAACACUUGAGACCAAGUCAUCUGUGACUAGUGCCGAAGUGAGUCAAGAUGGUCGUUAUAUCACAACUGCCGAUGGGUCUACUGUUAAAUUCUGGGAUGCAAACUACUUUGGGUUAGUGAAGAGUUACAACAUGCCAUGCACAGUAGAGUCGGCUUCCUUGGAACCAAAGUAUGGGAAUAAGUUUAUUGCUGGAGGAGAAGAUAUGUGGAUUCGGGUAUUUGAUUUUCAUACUGGUGAAGAGAUUGCAUGCAAUAAAGGUCACCAUGGCCCUGUACACUGUGUGCGUUUCUCACCAGGAGGGGAAUCAUAUGCCUCUGGAUCUGAGGAUGGAACCAUUAGAAUAUGGCAGACUGGCCCCUUGACCCAAGAUGACGCCGAGGCACUCACAGCAAAUGGAUCAGCUGGAAAGGUGAAGGUAACCGCAGAAGAGGUUUCACGCAAGAUUGAAGGAUUUCAGAUUGAAGAUGAGGGAAACCCCAGAGAGAAGGAAGAGGCGGGGAACGAGUGACAUGGAGUGACAUGGCCGACUACUAUAUUGCCCAUUGCUGGCCAUAUUGCUUUGCUGUUCUAGAUGUUACUUCAUGCUAUGGGAUAUGGACUGAAGUCGCUGAAGUGAACCUUUUUUUUGUACAAUUUAGUUAAUGCUGCAUUGCAUAGAGAUAUGGAUCAGACCAAAUCAACAGCUAUCUCACCAGAUCUCCGCCCUAUUCUUAUUUAUAUUAUGGUAGGUUGUAUAAUGGAAGACCGCUGAUCAGGUGGUGUCGAGUCCUGUCUCCAUCCGGACAGCCUUAUCCUGGACAUUUGUUGAAAUCCAUAGAAAACGUGAUUUAUUUU